AGGCCGGACUGUAAGCGCGGACCGGAUGUUCCCGGGGAAACCCGGAGGUAUGGUUCCCCUCCGGGCGCCCGGGAACCGUCAUGGCGUUGAGGCCUGACUAGGGGGAAGAUGAAUAAGGGCUGGCUGGAGCUGGAGAGCGACCCCGGGCUCUUCACACUCUUAGUAGAAGAUUUUGGUGUUAAGGGAGUACAAGUUGAAGAAAUUUAUGAUCUACAGAGCAAAUGCCAAGGACCUGUGUAUGGAUUUAUCUUCCUUUUCAAAUGGAUUGAAGAACGUCGGUCCCGACGGAAAGUUUCUACUUUGGUAGAUGAGACAUCAGUGAUUGAUGAUGACAUUGUCAACAACAUGUUCUUUGCUCACCAGCUGAUUCCCAAUUCUUGUGCCACACAUGCACUGUUAAGUGUACUCCUGAAUUGUAACAGUGUGGAUCUGGGGCCAACGCUGAGCCGAAUGAAAGAAUUUACCAAAGGUUUUAGUCCAGAGAGCAAAGGCUACGCCAUUGGGAAUGCCCCAGAACUGGCCAAGGCCCAUAACAGCCAUGCUAGACCAGAACCGCGACAUUUACCAGAAAAACAGAAUGGAAUUAGUGCUGUACGGACCAUGGAGGCUUUUCAUUUUGUCAGCUAUGUUCCCAUUAAAGGGCGGCUCUUUGAACUGGAUGGCCUAAAGGUUUACCCUAUUGAUCAUGGGCCCUGGGCAGAAGAUGAGGAAUGGACAGACAAAGCCAGGAGAGUUAUCAUGGAGAGGAUUGGACUUGCUACAGCAGGGGAACCAUAUCAUGACAUCCGCUUUAACUUGAUGGCUGUGGUACCCGACAGGAGAAUGAAGUAUGAAUCUAAACUACACAUCUUAAAGGUGAACCGGCAAACUGUACUGGAAGCUUUGCAGCAGCUCAUCCGAGUGACUCAACCAGAACUGGUGCAUACCCAGAAAUCUCAAGAGCUCCAGACUCCUGAGGAGCCCAGGACAGCCAACAGCAAGAGCUCUACCCCACUGGAAACAGGAAGAACUCAAGUAAUUCCAGAGAGCUCCCAGGCAGAGGGUACUGAGGAUUCCAGAGCCCAGGACUUGCCUGCCUCAACCCAGAGCCCUCCAAGCAAGGCAAAGCUGAGCAGCAAACCACAUGUGAGCAGCAUAAAUGGGGCCCUAUCAGCCCCCAACCCCAUCGUGCAAAGGCUGCCGGCUUUCUUGGAUAACCACAACUAUGCUAAGUCACCUAUGCAGGAGGAAGAGGACCUUGCAGCAGGAGUGGGCCGAAGCCGAGUCCCAGUCCCGCAGCACCAGCAAUACUCUGAUGAUGAGGAUGACUAUGAUGAUGACGAGGAUGAGGAAGUGUGUAAUACCAAUCCUGCCAUCAGCUUAAUUCCCUGCUUCCUCCUCCCUCUGGCUUUGGACAGUUACAAGAGGAAGGGCCUUGUGAAACAGGAGCACCUGAUGGGGAGCGGAGACACCCAGCUGUCUAUGCUGCAGCCCAACACCAUCAAUGUCCUUGCGGAAAAGCUGAAGGAAACUCAGAAGGACCUCUCCAUUCCCUUGUCUAUUAAGACUAGCAGUGGAGGCACAGCAGUAGCUGUUGUUGCCCACUCUCAACCAUCUCCCACACCCAGCAAUGAAAGCACAGACACUGCCUCAGAGAUUGGGAGUGCCUUCAAUUCCCCUCUUCGCUCCCCCAUCCGAUCAGCCAAUCCUACUCGCCCUUCCAGUCCUGUCACUUCUCAUAUCUCCAAGGUGCUGUUUGGGGAAGAAGAGAGCCUGCUCCGUGUAGACUGUAUACGCUACAAUCGGGCUGUGAGAGAUUUGGGUCCCAUCAUCAGUACGGGUUUGUUGCACCUCACAGAGGAGGGAGUUUUCUGCCCUCUUACUGUCACAGAGGGUACAAAAACCUCUCCUCCAUCUAACAAAUCGAAUGAAGAGGUUCAGAUUAUUGUAAAAGCAGAAGCAGUGGACUCUACUGAGCCACGUGACAGCAAGGAGAAGACUGGAAUUGGCAAGUCUACUGAUCCCCCUGCUGGGGAAAAAUAUGUUCCUAAAGAGCUCCUGGCAUUGCUUAAGUGUGUGGAGGCUGAAAUUGCAAACUAUGAGGCCUGUUUAAAGGAGGAAGUAGAGAAAAGAAAGAAAUUCAAGAUUGAUGAUCAGAGAAGAACUCACAAUUAUGAUGAAUUUAUAUGUACUUUUAUCUCCAUGUUGGCACAAGAAGGAAUGUUGCCUAGCCUUGUUGAACAAAACAUCUCUGUUCGUAGACGGCAAGGGGUCAGCAUUGGGCGUCUCCAUAAGCAGCGAAAGCCCGACCGACGGAAACGUUCCAGGCCAUAUAAAGCUAAACGUCAAUAGUCUCAACCUUUGGACAGGACUCAAUAUCCUCUGCUUGCCUCUCUGGCAAUACGGUGCAUAUUUCAUGUACUUCUUCACCAACCAGAGAGCGCUCCGGACAGAGCUUUGCACUGAAAUUGUCUUCAUGUGACCAGUAUUAGUGUGACUACAUCUACCUGUAUUCAACUGGAUUUUAGACAUUGCUCCGGUGGUUUACCAUUUGGGCAUCCAAAGAUAAAGUUUCCCUCCAGAAGUGGAUGUGAGAAGCAUAAAGAGUAGGACCAUUUGAGUGUUUGGCUGACACUGCACUUGAAUAUGUUACUUAGCAACCUAAACCAAUAUGCAGUGCAUCUUGCAGUAGCAAACGGCAGUCUUCAGAGGUUUUACAUGAAUAUUGCUUAAAAAGAAAUAAGUAAAAUCUUUGCAGUUUUGUAGAAGUGCAUUUCGGUUAAGUUGAUGCAUUGUUCAGUUCAGAGAGAGUCAGAAUGUGCUAUGUCCUCGGGAUUAGCUAUUUCCAGAGGAACAAAUAUCUGCAUUACAUCUUUAAGUGUGUGUUUCCUGAAUCCAGUUCAUCCCUAUCAUUUUCAGGUAGCAAUGACCCUCAUUCUGUUGAACUAUACAUAAGGCUCCCUUCAAAUCCCAACUGGUCUUCAAAUCCCGCUAAUUUUUCUCUUGAUUUCCCCUACCCCCAAACUGGUGCUGUCGCAGAGAAGAGAACUACCUUUAUGGGUUUUAUAUGUCCAGAGUAAGGUCCUUUUGAUGUGAGUGUAUUUUUGUUCAUCUGUAACAGCAUGUAGUCUGGAAGCUGCUUUCUUUUCUUUUGUAUGUAUGGAAGCUAUGCACAUACCAUGAUUCAAAUCGUGGAAUUAACUUAUUUUUUUUUAUAUUUUCUUUGGCAGUGGCUUCUUUUUACUCAAAUCCCUAAAACCAUUUUUAGGAAAUCAAACCAUGUGUGGAGAGACAAGGUGGCUGGGUGAUACAAAUUGCCAAAUGAAAAUACUGAAAGAUACACACACAUACACCAUCCUUUUUUUAUAGUGAACUAUUAGGACCAACAUUUUGAGAGAGAUCAGGAUAAACCCCUUCAAUGGGGAUACGAAUCAUUGUUUGGGUUGUUUCUUUCAUGCUUACACUUCAGGGGAAAAUGGAAAGAUUCUAUAGCAAAAUAAUCCCUCUACUUAAUGUAAUCUUACAGUCAAGAAGUAGAAUAGUGAACUUCGCAGGUAUCUUAUGGUGUAAGGAUAAGGGAAAUAUAGCUCAUUUGAAAGCUUGGAAAGGUGGAGAACCUCUGCAAACUGUAGGUCCUCUGACAAGAUAGGACAUAAAGUAAUACUUUUGCAUCACUGAGUAAAUGGUAUCCCUUUCCUAUUGAUUAUGGCUCAGGUUGGAGCAUCUGGCUUAUUCUGCAAGAGUAUAGAUGAUAUUUGGCCAGCAGGAUCUGGUUAUCAUCUGCCUUUGUCUUCCAGAGCUGCCUCAGCACCUCUCAUUCCAGUCCAUUUACAGACUCUUAAUUGCAGUGUAAUCAGUUACCUACCUAGCCACUCCUAAGACAAGUGUUGUUACCAGCUUCUCCUUAUUUACGUGGCUUUAUCUUUGUCCUGUAAGAACAGUCCUUUGUCAAUACGGCAGAUUUAUAAAUGUUUUUAAGCUUUGGCAGAAUGAUAGCAAAUUUGCAUUAAAUUAUGCUAGCUGAUGUCCAGAGGAAUAUUGCAAAUUGUUUUUGGAAGAACAGUUUAACGCUUCCUCUGCAACUUUUAUUCCAUGAAUAUGUACAGUUGAGUCUCUUAGUAUAGAUAUUAAAAUCAUCAUGAGACUCAAAAGAAGAUCAAUGUGAAAAGGGAAUAGUUCCUGAGAAGAUGGUGAAAUAUAUUUGCUUUCUUUGCAAAUAUGUACAGUGCCUGACUGUAAAAUUACUAUUUUUUAUUUGUUGACAGAAUCACCUGUCUCUUGCAUUGUCAAGUGCUGUAAAUAUAUCAGUUCUGUUAAAAAUAAAAUGUAUCUCUAGCCUUCUGGA